AUGGAGAUGUCUUUUACAAACGUCACAGAUGAUGUGGUCAAACUAGCUGAAAGUGGAGCAAGAUUUCUACUGUGUCUUUUCAUUGCUGAAGGCAAAAAGGCAUCCUCAGGCAAGAACAGCUGUCGAAAAGGAAUGAUCUCCAAAGUGACAGAGAACCUAUAUGUCAAGGCAACUACUUUCAAAGCAUCUAUUCCAAAAGAUCUCAUCAAGAACAGAAGAUUGUUAAAAAAGACAACCAAAAAGUUGUUUAUGAAAAAUUGCAGCGUUCGAGACCAGCUUCUCUCAUUCUACGUGAAAAAUGUUUUUGGAGGCCUUGGUAUUGGAAGUGACAAGGUGUACAUAGUUAGCGCCUUUCAGACCCUGCAGGAGAACCUAAGCAACUGUCUACCAUGUGCUCCAACCACUAGAGUAACUACGGCUGUCAAAAAAAUAAAGAAAACGUUUGAUAAGCUUGGAGAAAAGGGCAUCUACAAAGCCAUCAGUGAACUUGAUAUUCUCCUUCCCUGGAUUCAGACUUACAUAGAAACCAUCAAAUAG